GGCAGCUGAGCACUCUCUCCCUCCCGAGCCGGAGCCCCAGGGCGCUCUCUCCUCUCUCCAUCCGCAGCCGGCCCCAAGGAGUCGGGGACGCCUGGGUCCUUGGGCCCUUUGCUGUCUUCCCCGUGGCCCUUUCUCCUGCUCCUGCCUCCCUCCCCUCCACUUUCCUUCCCUUCCUCCUCCCGCUCCAGCCUCGCUCGCACUGCAGGGAGACCUAGACUCCUGGGUCCCUCUGCGGCACCCCCUUUUUCUUGUCUCUCUGGGUUUUUCCUCAGUUCUGCUUUUCCUCUCUUCCUCAUUCCUUUGGUUCUCCCCAACAUUUGGCCGGGCCGGGGCUGGGGGCCCGGGGCCCGGGGCGCCCUCGGGUGCAGGGUGGAGCGGGCAGGGCCCCGCAGGAUGUACCCCCAAGGCAGGCCUCCGGUGAGUGGCUUCCCAGGGGGACCCGAGGGGUCAGGGGAGGUCCUCGGGCUUCUGAGUCUGGUCCUGAGACCCAGUGUCUCCUUAUUCCCCCUCCCCCGACCGGGCUCCACUCCAGACUGGACAGCCCUUCAAGUUCUCUAUAUUGGAGAUAUGCGACCGCAUGAAGGAAGAAUUUCAGUUCCUGCAGGCUCAGUACCACAGCCUCAAACUGGAGUGUGAAAAACUGGCCAGUGAGAAGACUGAGAUGCAGCGUCAUUACGUCAUGUAUUACGAAAUGUCCUAUGGCCUCAACCUGGAAAUGCACAAGCAGGCAGAGAUUGUGAAAAGACUCAGCACCAUCUGUGCCAAGAUCAUCCCCUUUGUGAAGCAGGAGGUUUCUGGGGUGCUGGACUAUGGGAGGAGGGAGACUGCCAAGGGACAGGAACUUUUAUCCCCGAUACAAUUCCACAAUUCUGUAAACAUUAAGCAUCUACUUGGUUUGCUGCUGGAUUAGGGUAUCCUGAAUUCAUCUGUCUAGUUUGAGGGAGGAGGGGAUUCAGGCUGGAGGGUCCUUAAAGGCCUCCAAUUCCAACCCACUCAUUUUACAGAUGAGAUUCUAAGCUCUUUGAGGGCAGAGACUGUCUUUCAUCUCUUUUUUGUAUAACCUAGCGCUUAGUCCAGUCCUGGCACAGAGUAGGUACUUAAUAAAUGUUGUUUGACUCGUUGAAGAGUAA